AUGGCCCAGGGUCUGAGAGAGAGAAACUCGGAUAUCCAUAUCCUAACAGGAACUCUGAACAUGUUGGAGGCUAGUGGAUGGUACUGGGCUUCCGUGAGCAGGUAUGAAGCCGCAGCUCUUUUGAGCGGGAAGGAGGAGGGAACCUUCCUAGUCAGGGACAGUGCGGACCCCGGACAUUUGUUCAGUCUGAGUCUCCAAACAGCGCGCGGUGUUCUCAGCGCACGCAUCGUCUACACAGAACACGGGACGUUUCGUCUGGACUCCAUCGGAAAGCCGUGUGACAGUCCACACUUCGACUGUGUGGUGAAACUCUUGGAUUUCUACAUGAAAGAGUCUUCUGGAGGGACGACAAAACACCGCUGGGUGGAGCCGUGUGGGUCACCCUUCCCGCUCAAGGUUUCACGGCCGCUGAGGUGUAAGGUGUGCGACCUGAAGCAUCUGUGUCGCCGCACAAUCCAUGCACACACUCAGAAAGGUCAGGUGGACGAGUUAUAUCUACCUGAAGCUCUCAAAACAUAUCUCAAGGCUUACCCCUACAGGCAUUAG